AUGUUGAGUGACUUUCCGAACGAGAUCCAAUGUCAGAUCAUCCGUCUUCUCGACCCCAUUGGCCUCAUUUCGCUCAGCCAAUCCAGCAGACAUUUUAAACGUCUUAUCAACCCGCAAAAGAGACACUUAGUCGAGCGUCUCCUUCAAAUCGAGUUGCUGACUGAGCACGGCGGUCCAACUCUCACCUUUCGGUCAAGGGACAGUAGAUUAGAGCCCAGUUGGCAAGAUGAGGCUUGGGAAUCAAUGCGUUGGGCUUGCACCGAUUGCCUUCGUCUUCUUCCCCACAAAUGCUUUGACAGUCAGUCCCUACUACGGCUGGGCUACCGGAAGCCUCACCCGAGCUCUGAUGCUGCUCGCAUGAUUACUACCUGGGAGCAUCGCCCCAACUGGCGGCCGCAGCAUCGAUUGUUGCGCGGCUCCGAGGCAUAUCGUUUCGACAAGAGCAGGCGCGCGCUUUACUUUUUCGCGGUGACAAAGGGCGUCAUGUGUGAUGUCGACGGGGAUCCGGCGGAACACUUGGACAAUCUAGACGUCACUGUUUUGGUCGGGUUUGAGAAACUGUUUGAGAAAGAGUUUCGCGAUAUGGACGAUGAAGAACAACUGGAGCUGUUUGAUGGAAUUGCACUGUCAAUUGAAAACGACUACUGUGGCAAUAAAAGGUAUCGUCGGGCCUGCAAUGAGUGUCGAUUCCGCAAAGGCGUCUUCACUUGUCAUCGGUCCACGGGCUUUCGUGGUAGUACGAAAUUUCCCGCCGUCCCGUGUCGACGAGCCUCCUUCGAGAAAGAUCUGGAUCGUCAUUUUCCAGGAUUUUUGGGUGCACUGAGAAGCAAGGAACCAUCCGCCCGAAAAGCUAACGCCAGGGAAUAUCUGUAUCCAAUGUAUAUGGCUCGGUGCACCAGAUGCGAGGGCUGGCAAGAGAUUCGGUCUUUUCGUAUAGAAGGGCUCCUUCAUGGUGGAUGGAGGCACAGUCUGCACGGGGAAGUAGAGAUGUUUGGCCGAGAUUGGGACGUGAUGUGCUGCAACAGGUGCUUCGUUGACACCAAAGGCCGAGAUGAACUCGCUGGGCAUUUGAAGAAAUGGAUCAUGAGACUCCUUGACAAGAGACUGAGCGUCAUUUCAUCAGGGCUGUGCCAAGACUUCAACUCCCACCACUACACGCCGGUCCGUCAUCUUCCAGAAGCUGAGGCUAGGGAGUGGAGAGUCCUCCUAGAGCAAACACCGUGGUUUAACUCAGGUGACAACUUGAGCUUAUUGCGUAUAGAUCUCAACCUUAUCGAAACGCGUCGCAAACAAUGGAGAGAUCUAUUGGACCGGGCGAAAGUGAGUGAUGUUGAGAACUCGCUACCUAAGGUUCUUGAUGACCUUUACGACUAA